GUAAAUAAUCCGCCAUUUGACCUGAUAGUAAACAUCCGGUGAAAAAUGUCCUCCUACAAAGCACGAGUGGAGGAGUUAAGGGCGGUUCUUGAUGCGGAAGUGAUCGAUUUCAAAAAACUUCGAAAAAUUGUUUUUAAUGGCUGUCCUUCUGAAACAGGGCUGCGACCAAAAUGCUGGAAGUUAUUGUUGUACUACCUGCCAAAGAACAGAUCAGAAUGGGACAAGGAACUGAAAAAGCAGAGGGCUACCUAUGUACAGUUUAUUGAUGAGAUGAUAAUCAAGCCGGGAACCGAGGCCUCGGAAAACGGGGGAGUUGAAGAUGUUACAUUUGACGAUCAUCCGUUAAACCCAAACCCCGAGAGUAAAUGGCGGGCAUACUUCAAGGAUAAUGAGAUGUUGUUACAGAUAGACAAGGACUGCAGACGACUUUGUCCAGACUUGAACUUCUUCCAAAAAGCCACAGAGUACCCCUGUAAUAGAUUGUGUGGGGAGAACAGUUUCGAGACCUUGAGAAAACGUGUAGAACAGUGUGUUCUUCACUCGGAGUCAGUGUCACAAAAUAGACUAGGAAUUACUAAUAUGGCAACAAGCAGACGGAAAGCCAGUGAUGAGUAUAUGCCGCUACCAGAUGGUCAAGAGGCACAUUGGGAAGUUUGUGAGCGAAUAUUGUUUGUGUAUGCCAAACUGAAUCCUGGGCUUGGUUAUAUACAGGGCAUGAAUGAGAUAUUAGGGCCAAUAUAUUUCACAUUUGCUUCUGAUAAAGACAAUGAUUGUAAAGAGUUUGCUGAGGCCGACAGUUUCUUCUGUUUUACAAACUUAAUGUCAGAGAUUCGAGACAACUUUAUCAAAACACUUGACGAUUCACAAUGUGGAAUAGGUAACUUGAUGAAUCAGCUGAUGACUACACUGAAAGAGACAGACUCGACACUGUGGUAUAAACUGAAAGAACAGGACCUAAAGCCACAGUUUUAUGCCUUUAGAUGGCUCACACUUUUACUGUCUCAGGAAUUUCCCUUGCCAGAUGUGUUACGUAUCUGGGACUCAUUGUUUGCGGAUGAUAAACGUUUUAAUUUCCUGAUCAAAGUAGGAUGUGCAAUGUUGCUGUUGUUGAAACAGGAUUUACUCAUGGGUGACUUUCCACAUAAUAUGAAACUUGUUCAGAAUUUUCCAUAUACAACAAUUGAUGUUCAGGUUGUGAUAAAGAAAGCUGUGGAAAUCAGAUGAUGAAAAACUCAUUCAGGACUGUGAUAAUUAAAACAGAGAGUGCUGCCAUGUUGCCAUGUGAUUGCUCAAUGCAUGAAUAGAAAAGAACUGUCAGUGAGAUUAUAGAUUUCAUCACAAACUAGAACAUGUUGUGAUCUCAUGCUCACCCAGUCAGCCAUUGUAUAUACAUCUAUAUUUGUGUUAUGUAGAGCAUACCCCACCCACCUAUUAAUUCAUGUAUAACUUACAAAGAUAUUUGUCAGGAAACAUAAUAAUUCAAAUCGAGGGUUGAGCAGAAAACUGUUGCAGCUUGCUGAAUUUAAAGGAGAGUUAAUAUAGUUUUCCAUUAAACUCUCAUUCUUCCAUUUAACUCUCAUAUAAUAUGCUUGUUUUCAGCAAGCCCUUAUUAAAUCAGGAGGCUCGCUUUUGAAAUGUUGGAAAGCAACUUGUGUUACAAAGACCAGUCUAAAGAUUCUAGCAUUUAAUUAUUUUCAUUCAACUCCAUCUUUAAAUUGACCUAUGGCAGGGUAGAAGUCUUAGACUGGUCUACAAACUCAAGAUUUUUAUCUCAAACCCAUAGUUCAAGUAACAUGUUAGUCUUACUAACCUAUAGUUCAAGUAACAUGAUAGUCUUACAAACCUAUAGUUGAAACAACAUUAUAGUCUUACAAACUAUAUAGUUGAAGUAAAAUGAUAGGCUUACAAACUUGGUUGAAGUAACGUGAUAGUCUUACAAACCUAUAGUUGAAGUAACAUGUUAGUCUUACAAACCUAUAGUUCAAGUAACAUGAUAGUCUUACAAACCUAUGGUUGAAACAACAUGAUAGUCUUCAAACCUAUGGUUGAAACAACAUUAUAGUCUUACAAACUUGGUUGAAGUCUCACAAACCUGUAGUUGAAGUAACAUGUUACUCUUACAAACCUAUAGUUGAAGGAACAUGUUAGUCUUACAAGUAACACGAUAGUCUUGACACGUCAUGGUAUAUAAUUGUUUUGUAGUAUUUAAAACUGAAAAGAUUCUGUUUCGUUCACUGAUGCUUUUAAAUGAAAAUCAGAUUUUCUUUCACAUUUCUUAAUGAAGUUGGUAUGAAUGGGAGACUUUGGUCAGUUAUCUCCUUUUCAUACUCUAAAGUAAGUAGGUCCCUUUCAUUUGGAUUACUCUGUUGUUAUUGCUUUGUUAUUUGUCACAAUAUGAUGUAAAUGAAGCUAAGAUAUUGAUCAUCAUGUCUAUUGCUUUAAUAAUGCCUUUAGCUACAUGUUCUACAAACACUCUAGUGUCUAAUUUUGACAUUGCAGACAUUUAAUUUUACAACCAUGCAAGAUAUCUCACAUCUAAGAACUGAUAUCUUUAACACUAGACAAAACAGUGAUAAAGUCAGAGGAUUCCAAAUGACGGGACUAACUUACAGUUUUAUUAUCUUGGACAUAAUCCAAUAAGGGAGACAAUUUGAAGCUCACUUAGUUCCUCAUUGAAUAAAUAAUUGUGCAUAUUUUUUUAUCAAGUUAUAUGCAGGAGCCAUGCAGAGCUGGGGAACUAGGAUCUCAAUAUUUCUGUUGCCAAAUUCGGAUAUUUCUGGAUACAAAAAAAAAAGUUAUGAUAAACCUAUUUAUACUAUAUGAAUGAUAUUCAAUGAAAUGACACCAUUGAUAUGAAAUUUUACAUGUUGAGAUGUGACAUCCCUGGUCCCAUUGAUAAGAAAUAGAGAAUGAAAUAUGCAAUGCAAUCAUUAGAAAUUACUGUAUACAUGUAUAAGAAAACUGAUAUCAUUCCAUUACUUUAUGUUCCAUGUUUAAAGUUACUAUAACUAUUUUAUUUAUUUU